AUGUCGUACUUCUUCUCGACCCCCGUCGACAUCGACAUCGUGCUGGAGGACGCGGACGAGCGGUCCAUGGUCGAUGUCAAGCUCGACAAGAACAGACGCGAGAAGGCGCCACUGUACAUGGACGGCGAGUCCGUCAAGGGCGCCGUGACUAUCAGACCCAAGGAUGGCAAGCGGCUAGAGCACACCGGCAUCAAGGUCCAAUUCAUUGGCACGAUAGAAAUGUUUUUCGACCGCGGAAACCACUACGAAUUCCUCUCCCUCGUCCAGGAGCUCGCAGCGCCGGGCGAGCUGCAGCACCCGCAGACCUUUGACUUCAACUUCAAAAACGUCGAGAAGCAGUACGAGUCGUACAACGGUAUCAACGUCAAGCUCCGCUACUUUGUCCGCGUCACCGUGUCACGCCGCAUGGCCGACGUCAUCCGCGAGAAGGACAUCUGGGUCUACUCGUACCGCAUACCCCCUGAGAUGAACUCGUCCAUCAAGAUGGACGUCGGUAUCGAGGACUGCCUGCACAUCGAGUUUGAGUACUCCAAGAGCAAGUACCACCUCAAGGACGUCAUCGUCGGCCGUAUAUACUUCCUGCUCGUCCGCCUCAAGAUCAAGCACAUGGAGUUGUCCAUUAUCCGUAGGGAGACGACGGGCGCCGCGCCGAAUCAGUAUAACGAGAGUGAAACGCUGGUGCGCUUCGAGAUUAUGGACGGCUCCCCGUCUAGAGGAGAGACCAUCCCCAUCCGCCUCUUCCUUGGCGGCUUUGACCUCACUCCAACCUUCCGGGAUGUCAACAAGAAGUUCUCCACCAGGUACUACCUUAGUUUGGUGCUCAUCGACGAAGAUGCUCGGAGAUAUUUCAAACAGUCAGAAAUCAUCCUCUACCGCCAAGCACCUGACGCAGCACAGAGCCCGAACAUGAUUAUGGCUGCGGCGCCCGAAAACCCCAAGCUCAUGCCGCAGCCUACCCAGGUAUAA